AGAAAAAUAAAAGGGAUGCAAAACGCUGGAGAAGGGCCCAUCGAUCUCUCGCAUGCUAAGCGAGCGCUCGACCAAUGCCAAGAAAAAAACUUCAUUGAUUAAAACUCACUACUUGUUCACAAAGGGCUAUAUUAGGCUACGAAAAACAAAAAGGCGAUAAUGGCCCAAGGUUCUACUUAUUUUGCUUCUUCAAGGUGUGACUUCGAGAGUUCAUAGAAUGUUGUAGUUGUGAGGUCGCCUCGCCAGGUGUCGCUGUGUGCUUAGUGGAAGGAAAGCAGGCUCGUAUGUGUCCAAGAAGAAGACUCAUAAGCGACACUAAAUAAUGAGACUUUUCGCGAAUAUGUCAUAUACAAAUUGAUAAUAUUGACAUUAAUGUCACAAAUGUCUUUAUCGAGCUAUAUGUUGUCUUCGCCUGUCUCCCCUUAGUAAGUCGUUCGAACAUUGUUUGUUGUAAAGUUUAAAAGAAUGAGCUAGCGAGGCACGGCAUGCUAAACCGUGGUUGCUAACCCGGACUUUGCCACUCAAAAGCCAUUUCACCGUUGAUCAAAAUAAUGUUUUUUGCCAACGUUCGCCGUCUUUAAUUCCACUUUGUCAGAGGCCGAAUGAUAAAGCGCCUGCUCGUUGGCAUAUUGACGUGCCUUUGUUGCACUUUUCGCCCACCGCGCCGCUACUUUCUGACCAUGCGACGUUUUUUGACGAGAAUGGUGAGCCGGCUUUGGCUGUGCGAGCCGGUCGCGGUGGCGAUGAGCUCCGAAACGCCAGUGCGAGCGCAAGGUCGACGAAGGAUGGUGGUGGGCCUGGGCAACCCGGGCAUGGAGGGCACCCGUCACAGCGUGGGCAUGGCCGUGGUGGGCGCCCUGGCCGUCCGCCUGGGCCUCGGCGAGCGUUGGCGCCGCGAUAGGCAGCUGAACGGCGAGGUGCUGGAGGCGGACAUGCACCACCUGGUGCUCUUGCGCCCCCGCGUGCUGAUGAACGUCAAUGGCGUGGCGGUGGCCAAAGCAGCCAGCAAGUACGGCGUGCGGCCCGAGGACAUCCUGCUGGUCCACGAUGAGCUGGACAAACCUUUAGGAAAGGUCGGCAUCAAACACGGGGGAAGCGCCAGAGGCCACAACGGUGUCCGGUCCUGCAUGGACUGCCUUCACACAGACGUGAUGCCCAGACUACGAGUGGGCAUCGGGCGGCCGACGGGAAAGACUUCGGUGGAACGCCACGUCCUGGGGCGCUUCGGUGCGGAGGAGACGAAAGUUCUGGAUUUGGUUCUGGUGCAGAGUGUCAACGUUCUGAUGGCUCAGCUCGGAGAACAAGAAGAGGAGGAAAGACGCUCCUCAUCUCCCUCGCAAACCAAAGUGGCCAGCGUAGACCCUCUGCCGACACGCACGUAGCAUAUGGCGACGAGCUAUUUAGCAUCCGAAGCCCACC